AUGGUUUUGCAGAAACGUAAAAUAAUUAAAUAUGCGUCUAUUCCUGAAAACAUUCAAGAAGACCAGCAGGUAUGGUAUAUUCCUAUUACGCAGGAGGUUUUUACAGAAUAUGAUGAUUAUCUUACAAGAAUGGAUUUUUAUAAUGAAAAAAUAUUCAUGUGCGAAAUAACAGGCCAUACGAAUAUGACAUAUUUUCAGGCAUAUCAAUCAGAACUUAUGCAUGCACGUGAUAUUGAAGAAACAUUUCCAGAAUCACUUAAAGAGCCUGUUUUAAGGAAAAUACAGCUCUCGUUAACAACAAGGAUAGAUUAUUUGGUGGAUGAAAUAUACGAUCAAUUUAAAAAGGAUUAUUAUCCAGGAGAGUCACUUAUAUGUACUCUUGCAGGUGAAAAAUGGGAAGUACAAGUUAGAGAAAAAACAAAAUUUAAUGAAAUUAUUUCACCCAAUGGGAUAUUUCGUCCAGCACAUACCAAAUACCUUGUAGAAAUGCCGGAAAAAUAUAAAAAAGAAGACACAAGAGAAGAAAUGGUUGAUGAAAAAGUAUUAAGUCGAGAACGUGGAUCCUUUACGAAGGCAAUUCUACGUGCUUUUAUAAAGAAUGUUGUGAAAAAAGAAUCAUGGACAGGAGCACCUUGGAUUAUUAAGGAAAAAUAUGCAAAAAGGUUCAAAAUAGAUAUUAUAUCUCCAAAACUUAGAAAAGAAGAAAUCGAAAGACAGUUACAUAAAAAAAAAAUGGAGAUAGAGGGAGUAGUAGGAAAAAAUGCGAGAGGUUACCCGCUAAAAUAUCCAAUUGAAGACUUAGAUCUUGUACCAGCAUCGAAUGUUUCUCAUAGGCCAGAAUUUAUAUUUGAAACAUUAAUUAAUAAAAAUUCAAUAUCUGUAUUAUUAGAAACAUGGACAUUCUUAAAUGUUUUUUGCGAACCUUUAAUUUUAGAUUCUUUUACAUUAGAUGAUUAUAUUGAUUCACUUCAUUAUACUUCACUUAACCCUCCCUGUGAACUGAUAAAUGAAACGCAUUGCUCUUUAUUGAAAUCUCUGGUAGGCGAGCGUUCACCUCUAUGCCUUUCAUCUUGUAUGUCUCCUUCGAAAAAAGAAGUGUUUAAUAAAAUAAAUGUUAUAAACAAUAACUAUAUAGGUAAUUUUGGAGAAAACUGGAGAGAAUUACUCCAAAGAAGAAUACUUGAAAAUGGAAAAUGGAUAAUAAUAGUAAUUGGAAUCAUAAAUGAGCUGUUAAAAAAUAGUUUAUAUCCGGAAAAAUACGAUCUAAUUCUUAAAAAAUUCAAUGUUCCUCAUAUAAAGGAAUCUUAUUGUGAAGUGUAUUAUAAUCUUAACAGCGAUGAUAAGCUUCGGGUUUUAGAAAUUUUAAUUGAAUUAUGUUAUAAUACCCCAUUAACACGAAAUUAUAUUGAAGAAUGUUCUGAAUCCAUAAUUCAAGCAAAAAAGGACAAACAAGAAUUAAUAAAAACAAAAAAACAACAUUUAGAAAAAAUACGAGAAAUAAGAGAUGAAAUACGAAAACUUUUCCCAGGGGGAAUCCCACGUUUAGAACAGUUAUCGCCAUUAGAAGAACAGAUGGAUGAAGAGACUGAAGAUGAAGAUGAAGAAAUGCAUGAAAAUUUCGAACCAGACGACCAAUCUAUUACAAAUACAGAAGAUAAUGUACUCACAAUUAAAACAAGAUCAAGAUCAGGAGUAAAACGUAAGAGGACUUUUGAAGAACCUAAAAUAAAGUCACAGCUACCAGAUGCUAAAACUCUAAAACAACAUGAAAAAUUAACACAAGAAAUAAAAAAAAUUAAGCGACAAAUCCAAAAAAUAGAGGAAGAUAUGGUUAUUAAUGAUGUAAAUAUUCGUGAAGCAGAUGCUCAACGUGUUAGAGUACUUGGGUAUGAUAGAUUUUGGAAUAGAUACUGGUGGUUAGAAAACAAUGGAAUGCCAUAUUACGGUAUGCCAGAUUCAAGUACAAGUUAUGCUGGAUAUGCUACCGGGAGGAUUUGGAUCCAAGGACCUAGUCCAGACAUAAUUGAGAAGUUUAGACAAGACAAAAUUUUAGAACGGAAACAAAUAGAGGAAGGAAAAACGCCUUUAGCAUCAUUUAAUGAUUGGGCUUAUAUAGAUACACCGGAAAAAAUAGAAGAAUUACUGAACUGGCUUAAUCCAAAAGGAAUUAGAGAACUUAAACUUAAAAAUGUUAUUCAAGCACGAAUUAAUUUUAUAUACCAAGCAAUGGAUGCACGCAAGAAAUAUCUUUCAGGGGAGCUUAUUGAAGCAAAACGAUCAACUAGAGCUACAUUGGGUAUAGAUUAUGAACGCGAAAGAUUUUUAAAUUGGGUUAAUUCAAAAGCAAUUGAAUACUUUGGUUGUGGUCAUUCACACUUACAAGCAAAGAAAGAACGUUCUUCCAAUAAGAAAAAAUAA